AACGCCUUCCUCGAUGGGGCCACUAGCGAGUACUCAUCGUCGUCACGGUGUGGCGUAACAUGGCUGACCACUCGUCCUCGACAACCUCACCCUUGGAUGACAACUUGUGUGGCGUUGGUAUUCUCAAGAGGGUGGAACCGCAUAAAAUGCCCAAAAUCCUUGGGCCACAUGAGGAUGAAAAGAAGAUCAAACAAAGGCACCGUCAUCACGUCUCGGCGUUGGUGGCGUUGGUUAUGAACAUCCUUCGAUAUUGGAUGGAGCCACUAGAGCUGUUAAGGCACCUGUCCCUUGAACACAGCCGUCGGGGCCCCAUGGAUAGGACCAUAGCAAGCUGGCACCUGAAGAUCAAGUUGAAGAAGAAGAGCUGUUGGGGCAUAAUGUGUGAAUGCGGGCAAGCCCCCGACGUCGAUUCAAGUUCCACCAUCGACCCUCAAGAUCCUGAGGGAGGUCGGAUACACCGUCGCGCACGGUUGUAUCUGUUCCUGGCAUGACCUUUUCGCGGUCCUCGGGAUAAGUACCCGCUCGGUCUUGGAGUGGGGAAACUAGCAAUGCCUUAAACUUGGUUUGUGGGCGAUAAAGCAAGUGAAGAUUCGUCUUUACUCGUUUUCAGCUUAUGCAAUGCGCACUUUAUCGAUGCAUUAGUUGUGUUCAUCGGAAUAUAUUUCAAUUAUGUAC